GGACAGCAACCAGCCUCGAGCAGGAGUGAGAAGGAAACACCCCCUCCACCCCAGGCCAUGCGAUGGGCUUGGCCGUCUACAAGGGCCUGCAGGUGUCCUGGCAGAGAGAGGAGGUGGCACAGGCACCAGGCGCUAGGGUGCCAGGCGUCCCCCACCCACCCCUGAGAAGGAACAGGUGCGAAGCAGGGCAAUUAGCUGAGGAGGCGUCAGGGGGGCAGGCAGCCUAGACCUGAUUGGGGAAACCACCAGGAUUACAUCAUCUGCUGCUACCUACCAGAGAGCUCCUCUCAUUUUCUUUCAAUAACAACAGUUCUUGAAAGAAGAUAUUUUUCAACCUGGGCUUGAAGUAACUGGUGGAGAGACAGGGAGCGCGGUGACUGUCCUUGAGCGCGGAGUGGCGAGCUCGCCGCCAGAGCGCCGGAGCAAGAGGAGGCGCAGGAGCGGCGGCGGCGGCGCCCGAGCACCCGAGGGGGUCCGAGCCCCGGCAGCUAGCCAACCCCGCGCCACAAAGGGAGCGCCCCCGCCGCCUGGCACGCCACCUCCCUCCCCAAUGUCCUCGGCCAUCGAGAGGAAGAGCCUGGACCCGUCUGAGGAGCCAGUGGAUGAGGUGCUGCAGAUCCCCCCAUCCCUGCUGACAUGCGGAGGCUGCCAGCAGAACAUCGGGGACCGCUACUUCCUGAAGGCCAUCGACCAGUACUGGCAUGAGGACUGCCUGAGCUGUGACCUCUGCGGGUGCCGGCUGGGCGAGGUGGGCCGGCGCCUCUACUACAAGUUGGGCCGGAAGCUCUGCCGGAGAGACUAUCUCAGGCUUUUUGGCCAGGACGGUCUCUGCGCUUCCUGCGACAAGCGGAUCCGUGCCUAUGAGAUGACGAUGCGGGUGAAGGACAAAGUGUACCACCUGGAGUGUUUCAAGUGUGCCGCCUGUCAGAAGCAUUUCUGUGUGGGCGACAGAUACCUCCUCGUCAACUCCGACAUAGUGUGUGAACAGGACAUCUACGAAUGGACUAAGAUCAACGGGAUGAUAUAGGCUGGGGCCCAGCAUCCCCGGGGAGGCAUUUCACUGAAGUCACUGUCUCCGUGGGGUCUUCACUCUUAGGCAUUUUGGGGGAUUUGAGGGUGGGUUGAGGCAUUUCUUAGGGGGUGUAGACCCUGAUUGGGCACCAAGAAGUGAGACACAGCAUCCAAGGGACAGAAUGCAAGGGACAAAACUAAAGGUGACAAAAUGACUGGCCUCUAGGGAGAACUUAAGGACAGUGCCCACAGCCUGUUGGUAAUAACUGACAUGACUAGUGAAGGACAGGAGUGUUGGGAGGCACUGGGCCAUCAUGGUGGGACUUCCCGUCUACAGAUGGGGACUUGUUCCGUCAAGACUCAUUAUGUCUUUGACCCUUGAAAACUAGAGACGUGCAAUUGAUUUCUUUUCUUCCUGGCUUUUAUGACAACCCUGUUCCAAUCACUGUCCUCCGCACAAGGGAAGGACAGAGAGAAGAGUGGCCAUCCUUUCCUUCCUGGCCACCUUCCCAAGGCCUUAAGCUUUGGACCCAAGAGACACUGCAUGGAGACAAUAUUUCAGUUGAGAAUGAAAACUGCAACUUUUAACCAAACAAUUAUUUAAAGCAAUGCUGAUGAAUCACUGUUUUUAGACACCUUAGUUUUGAGGUAAGGAGUUCCACAGAUUGUUUCUAUAUAAAUGUAAAUCUAAAAAAAAAAGUUGUUCAACUAUUUUAUUAUCUUAGAUUAUAUCAAAGUAUUUGUUGUGUGUAGUUAGAAAAAACUCUGCAGACAAUAAAAAUGACUGACUAAAA